AUGGGGACUUCUACUACGAGUCUAUCAGACGAUAGACUGCUCAGCAUAAGCCGCACCGAACCAUCAUCCACUCCGAUUUCUGAGAAUGAGCAGCAGGCUAUUUGGAAAACCUGCUCGGUCUUCCAGAGGAAGAUGUUCUUGGGGACUAUCUAUUUCAGUGAAAUUGAUAUGACAUCAAAAGAUUUAUUAGUGAUCGUUCGCGCAAAACUGUUUCUAUCACCGGGAAAAGACGCCGUGACCAUGGAAAAAGUCCUGGGAUUGCCAUCUGGGGAACGCACUCAUUUGCACCCGCGUCGGAAUUAUUGCAGACGCCGCGGAGAAAGAUAUCCACGGCAUAGCGACAAUGGCGCGUAUGUUGAUUGGCAUGCCGCACUCUCAGAGAGGGAGAUUUCAUCGAUUCAGAACCCGGCCUUCUCUCGCUUCUGUCACGCCAGAGGUACUCCAGCUACUUGGCUUACAAGCUGGCCACGGUCUGAGCGAGAAGAAGCAGCAACAGGGUUCAUCGAUUCCGAUGUGGAGCCCAACGUCCUUAGUCUGGAAACAAGCACUGACGACGUGCCGGUGAACACGGACAGUCUCUCAGCGAACCCGGUCACGCUCGUGGAGGCGCACGACCAUUUCACAGAGCCCAGAAGGAGUGUUUCAAGUCAUCCUUUUCCACGCCAGGCCGCCCACACUGCCGAACUGGCACACAAGCAGGCGAUUAUUUUUACGCCUGCGUCUACCUAA